AUGCAACGGCUUGCCUGCGCGCGCGCUGCACUGAGCCUGCCACAGUCGCCUCGGCUAGCAACCGCCGCCGUCGUCGUCGCCACCACCACCGACUCCGCCGCCGCCAUCACCACAGCUGCCCUCGCCUGCCCAACUUACGCCUCAGCGAGAAAGUGUACUGGUGUGAACGCCUUUGAGAUCGUAGCUGCUUCUGCAUCUGUUGGCAACGCCAGCACGAUCUAUUGCGACAAAUUUUCUCUCGUACAAUAG